AUGCGCUCGCCCGCGGCGCCCUCCUUGCCGCGUGUAGCAUCGCAAACCCGCUCGCCGUGUCUUGACCUCUCGCACCCCCCCCCCAACGCCCCCUUCCCCGCAGCCUUCGCUCAGCGGCCCCGCUUCUUCUCCGACGCCGACAGCGAUCAUCCCCGCCGCCGCACCCCCGACAUGAAGUCCGUCCUUUCGACAGAGUAUAUCGAUGUCCCGGAAGGAGUGGAGGUGACUCUCAAAGCCCGCAAGGUAACCGUCACGGGCCCGCGCGGCACCCUAGAGCGCACGGUCAAGCCGUGCAUGGACGUGAGGCGCGUGGAAGAUGGCAAGAUCCGCGUGGAUGUGUGGCACGGCUCACGCAAAGAAACGGCCAAGAUCAACACCAUUUGCUCCAUGAUUGAAAACAUGAUCACCGGCACCACCGUCGGCUUCCGAUACAAGCUCCGCUUUGUGUAUGCCCAUUUCCCCAUUAACGUCACGUGCGCCGACGACAAGAAGUCAUGCGAGAUCCGCAACUUUCUCGGCGAGAAGCGCAUCCGUCGCGUCAAAAUGGAUGGCGAUGUCGUGUGCUAUCGCUCUACUGACAUCAAGGACGAACUCGUCGUCGAGGGCUCCGAUAUUGAGCUCGUGUCGCAGUGCGCUGCGAUGGUCCAUCACGUCUGUUUGGUGAAGAGGAAGGAUAUCAGAAAGUUUCUCGAUGGCAUCUACGUCUCGGAUAAGGGCCAUAUCGUGCAAGCGGAAUAGGGGGCCGUUCGUGUGUUCCGCGCCGGCGCCACUCUAUCUCGGGCGGCUUGUUAUUUGGACGCCUGCUGAUGAUGACUAGAUCAAUGCGCUGUAGCGCCAUUCUGCGCUGCCCACGAAUAUUGAUCUACUGUCCCGCUUUCAUUGAUAAACACUCGAGCAAAGCAAGCAUUUUGUGUAAUCUUAUUACAUGAGCGCCGCGUUAAUGUGCUG